UUAAACACAGACACUGCUCUCCCGCCCAGGAGUCAGCUGUCCUCACUGCCUGCUCAGGGCUGUGGGUGAUGAGUUGUUUUAAGAGAGGGUGUAAGUCAGGCCCUUGGGACACACUGGGUAUCACUGCACAUAUCUUCCUAGCAAUACCAUCUUGGUGCAAAGGCCAUGGACACUUUUGUCAUCAUUGCUGUUUCCUGAGGCUGGACCUUAGCCUCUGCCAGUUGAGGUUAAUGUCCUCAAAACAGCAUGUGUGGAUGUGUGGAGAUGGCUGAUCCUUCUGCCUUUGUGUCCAGCCUACUGCUUAUUGUCAUGAAAACAUCUCAGAUUGGUGCUGAGGCCUCUCUCAUCCACCCAGCUGUGCUUAAUUUCUCCUCUUGAUACAGGAGACAGCUUCCGGCUCUCAGCCAUAAGCAGAGUACCCAUAUUCACUGGGACUGAAUGACAUUUUUAUUUCAUUGUUGUGUUCUGUUGUUGACUUUUCAUUUACCACAGUGAAACAGAGUUCUCUUUUAGAAUAAAAUAUUUCAGAAAAGUGAGUCAUGUUAAAGAGAAGCCGUUAGAAACAUUGGCAUGCUGCAUGCUACACAUAUCCAUCAUUCUGAGUUCAGAUGAGAAGAUGUCAAUCCAUAGAUGACAAUUCAGAAUCACCACUGUUGUCUGCAGGGCACCAGGUUCCUAAACCAGAGUUGAUCUACCUGCUGGAACAUGGGCAGGAGCUGUGGACAGCGAAGAAAGUCCUCUUGCCUAGCACCUGUGCAGGUGACAGAGCACAACUUCAGACCAGAAUGCCAACCACCUGUCUCCCAAUCAAAUCUGAGGGAACCUUGCUCCAGGGAAGGCUGACUCAGGAAGGGCUUUUGGAAAGGCAGAAAGGCUUUCCUAAGGAGACCUGUCCUGGGAACACGUGUCCUGAAGAUGGUGGUUUGUACCCCAGGGUGUUACAGGAGCAAGCCCCUCCGGAUGUUCUCUGUGUGUGUCCAGAUGACUCUCAGCAACCUGGGAAAGACACCUCAGUACUUGCAGGGACGAACCCAUACAGAUGCAAGCAGUGUGGGAAAGGUUUUAGCAGGAAGUGGUAUCUUGUUCGACAUCAGUGGGUUCACACAGGUCUGAAGCCCUAUGAAUGUAGUGCAUGUGGGAAAGCCUUUAGUCAGAACUCAACCCUUAUUCGUCACUAUUUCAUUCACACUGGGGAGAAGCCAUACACAUGUGUUGAGUGUGGGAAGGCCUUCAAACGCAGGGCAUAUCUAACACAGCACCAUCCCGUUCACACUGGAGAGAAGCCUUAUGAGUGUGUGCAGUGUGGGAAGGCCUUCACCCACCGCUCUACAUUUAUUCGCCACAGUAGGACACACACUGGAGAAAAACCCUUUGAGUGCAAAGAAUGUGAGAAAGCCUUCACCAAUAAAGCACACCUGAUUCAACACUAUCUUGUCCACACUGGCGAGAAGCCCUAUGAGUGCAUGGACUGUGGGAAAGCCUUCCGAUGCAGCGCAGAGCUGGUGCAGCACCAGCGGGUCCACACUGGGGAGAAGCCCUAUGAGUGUGCCCAGUGUGGGAAGGCCUUCCACCGAAGCAUGUACCUCGUCCAGCACUUGGUCAUCCACACUGGGGAGAUGCCCUACAAGUGCAUCGAGUGUGGCAAGGCCUUCAAACGCCGGUCACACCUCCUGCAGCACCAGCGGGUCCACUCCUGAGGGAAACCUGGCCAGUGCAGCGAGGGAGGGACAUUUGUCACACGCUGCUCAUCUUUGACGUUGCUAGUAGGGCUGACGUGGAAGGAAAACCCUUGGAGUAUAAGGAUGGUGGGAAGCAUCACUACUGUUUCCAUAUUCUUUGGUCACUUCCACUAAACUUAGGAGCAGUGACAUUGGAGAGGAGCCCUAUGAAUGUUGUGAAUGUAA